CUCCUCUUAAACCCCUGAGUUAUUGAUUCACAAAGAAGAGUCCGCCUCCUCCCUAAAAGAAUGAAAGCCCUUUGAAACCUUUCUUCUCUCCAAACCAUGAAGACCGUCCAAAGCCACGUCCUCUCCUCCGACCCAAUCUCCCUCUCCGACGCCACCUCCUUCCUCUCCGCCCACUCCGUCUGCGGCGACCCUGGCGCCGCCUCCGUCGUCGCGUCUCACGAGACCUGCUGGUUCGUCCGACGCGCCCUCGCCUCGUUCCAGGAGCUCGAGCAGCUCCAUCUCAAGCUCAAGGGCAAGCGGAGGCCCGACGAGUCUCAUAACGACGACGCCGAGACCACCGCCGCGGACUACCCCUCGCAGAGCUUCGCCGCCAGCCGGGACGUCACUUCCAAGCCCAGAAGCCACCGGCAUGUUGACGCCAUCGAGGCUGAGCUUGGGAGCCGUAAUUUGAAGGAUGAUGGAGGUGAAAUUGCAGAGGUUGAUGAUCAGAAGAAGAAGAAGAAGAAGAGUCAUGUUGGUGAGAAUGGAGGUCGAAUUGGGGAUGGAGAUGGUGAGAGUGAGAUGGGUAAGAAGGAGAAGAAAAAGAAGAGGGACAAUGUGGACGAAAAUGCGGGUGGAAUAAAGGAGGAGGAGGAGGAUGGGGAAAGUAAAAUGGGGAGUGAAGAGUUAAGGAGGCAAGAGAAGAAGAAGAAGAGGAGGAAGAAAGAGGUGUUGGAGAACGGCGAGGGUGAUGCUUCGGAGGAGAAGAGGAGGAAGAGUUGAUGAACAUGUUUCGAGUCAAUGUGGAAUCUGGUCUUAUGGAUCGACAGGUUGGGGUAAUUCGAUUUAGGAGGGGGGAAUGUGUUUGUUUGUUAUAUUAUUGAUUGCAAUGGAAAUUUUGGCUCAGUUUCGAUUCCUUGUGCAACUGUUGUCUUGUGUUAUUGCAGUUUCUGUCAACUGUAUCAAUUGCAUUGUUAUAGAUGGGAAUCUGGGGAUCAUGAUUUCAGUCAAUGGAACAAACUGUGCCAGUUAUCCUU